AUGAUUGACGUUAUUAUCAAAUCCCUGGGGGAUACAAAGUACGAGCUCUCGAUUGAUUCCGAUAUUACCGUUGCGGAAUUAAAGCAACAGAUUUCAGAAAAGUCGGGUGUUGAUGCAGAUGAGCAACGUUUGAUCUAUCUGGGUAAGGUAUUGAAAGACGAUCAAAAAGUCGAGUUUUACAAGGUGCAAUCAGGACAUGCUAUUCACAUGGUCAAAAGUGCCAAAAAGCGGACCACAGAAACUCCAAGCCAAGCUCCUAUUGCCUCUGGACAAGCAACGUCGGGCGCUCCUACUAAUAUUGCCACCGGAACUGGCGCGCAUAACCCUUUGAAUGAUUUGACAGGUGCUCGCUACGCCGGUAUGGGGCUCAAUUUGCCAUCAGCUCUGAUGUUCGGUCCCGAUGGCGGCAUGACACUGGCCAUGCCUGACCCUGAGCAAUUAAGCCUGAUGAUGUCUCUGCCAUUGUUUCAAGAACAGAUGAAUGCCAUGCUUAACGACCCUCAAAUGAUGGAAUUUUUGUUUCAACAAAACCCUCAAUUACGGUCCAUGGCACCGCAGAUGCGUGACAUGUUGCAAUCGCCCUUAUUCAGACAAAUGAUGCUGAACCCUGAACUUUUGAGGCUGAUGAUGGAAAUGAAUAGAGGCUCUGGUUUUGGAGCCAAUAUGUUUGGCGGAUCCGCCGCGGAUGCAGUUGCGGGCGGUUUUCCUGCUCCUGGCACUCCUGGAGGAAGUACUUCACACACUGACAGGGGCGUAGCUGAGAACCCAAACAACACUGGUUCUACUGCAUCCCCGAACCCUGCGCUCAAUCCAUUUACCCUGUUGUUCCCUGGUGGUCUUGGUGCGUUUGGUGGUAUGCAAGGCUUUGGAGAAUCUCAGAGUCCCGCCGACACUCGUCCUCCUGAAGAGCGUUAUGAAUCCCAAUUGAGACAGCUCAAUGAUAUGGGGUUCGUAGAUUUUGAUGCCAAUAUUCGAGCUCUCCAACGUUGUGGGGGUUCUGUGCAAGGAGCUAUUGAACAAUUAUUGAGCGGCAACAGUCAAAAUUAA